AUGGCAAAAGAUGAAAAAUAUUUAAUUAGAGCAUCAACAAUUUUAGAUGUAAAUGAUCCACAACCUGGUGAACAACAACAAGGUGAUGAACAAGAUGAAUUUUUAAAACAUUUAGUAUCUAAACAUCAACGUUUAAUUCAUCAUUCGUCUAAUGUAUCGACACCACUUUCAAGUGUAACACCUAUUACAGCCAUACUCGAAUUAAAAAAUCGUCGUAGUAUCGCUGAAGUAGAACGAAAAAAACGAAUUAUUGCCAAAAUUGUUAGUAUUGUUGGUUUACUUAUUAUUUUAUUAUGUGCGGCCAUAGUAACACUAACAUUAAAAAUGGCUCCCAAAAUCGAUGAAUUAGUACGAAAAAAAUCGGGAAAUAAUUUAAUGUAUUUUCCAAGUAGUCGAACAUCUACUACAAAAACAACAUCAACUUUUACUAUUAAUGAAUUAUUAACGACAAGUAAUUUGACAAAUAUCACAUCUACAUAUCAAUAUUCUCAAAAUAGAAGAAGAUCGAGAAGGUAA